AACAAGUAGUAGUAAUGUUAGUUGGAAAGUGAGAAAAGAAAUUGGGAAAGGAUAAAGCGAAGGUGUGAGCAAUGGCUUCUUCAACCAUUCUUCCUCUAUCCAACGCUCAAUUCCCUUCCUUUCAUCAUACCCACCACUCUUUUCCGACCACCGCCAAGUGGGGAUGGAGAAGAGAGCAAGACGCAAGCAUGGCUUCCAAUAGAACCCAGAGUCAAGCAUUUCGAGUCCUUGCUAAUCCCAAUGUAUCUUCUGGAAAGGAUGGUUCAAAAAAGGAUGUAAUCAUGGUUGAUCCUGUGGAAGCCAAGCGAUUGGCUGCCAAACAAAUGGAGAUAAUUAAAGCAAAAGAAAAACUUAAGAAAAGACGCCAAAUUGAGGCAAUUAAUGGAGCUUGGGCAAUGAUUGGCCUAACAGCGGGUCUAGUUAUUGAAGGUCAAACUGGAAAAAAUAUCAUUACCCAGCUGCAAGACUACUUUGGAGCAAUUGUUCACUUUUUUGUGAAGUAGACAGCCGAAAAGGAGCAUGGACACAUACUUGUGAAGUAGACAGCCGAAAAGGAGCAUGGACACAUACUAAGAAAUGCAGAUUCUUUCUCACAUUCUUUGUGAAUAUAUCUGUUAAAGGUUUACUGAUAAGGUUUUUUCUUAACACCAAACCAUACAAUUUACACUACUUACUUUUUCCUUGUUACCUAUUAAUGCCACAUAUGUAACAUGAUUUUACAAAAGAAUUGUACUGGUAGCCAAUUGCUGUUGCUUGAUAUGGAUCUUUACCCACUCAUUGUUUUUCCGAGGUGGUGGCAUUUAUUUUUGAAUUA